CUAAUCUCUCGUGUUCUCCUCUAUCUUGCCCAAAUCACUCUCAGUGUAGAGCUCAACAAACGUGGCAGUGGCGAUGGUGAAUCGGAGAAUGGCGUGGUUGAUUUGAUGAGUCAGGUACACUUGAUAGAGAAGGAAGAUGCAAAGAGGUCCGAGAGGGAGAGGAAGGAGUUCGAGGAGAGGGAGAAGGCCUGGCACGAGGCCAUGGAGAUGAAAAGGAAGAAGAUGGAAGAAGAAGAAGAAGAAUAUGAGGAACAACAAAAGAAGGCACUGGACGAAGAGUUUCGGAAACAGCAGAGUUUUUCUCUUUAGAACAACUUUAGCUGUAGUUGAUAGCCUUGGACCAUUGGAAUUUCUGAGAGAUGGCACAACUUUGGUUUCAAGUGAAGGAACUUUUGAACUAGGAUUCUUUACCCCAAGCAGUUCAAACAACCGUUAUUUGGGAAUUUGGUAUCGAAACAUCCCCGGUCUAACUAUGGUUUGGGUUGCAAACCGGUGUAAACCGAUCAACAAUUCCUCUGGAUCGUUGACAAUAAACAACACCGGAAAUCUUGAGCAUUUGGGACAGAAUAAGAGUGUCGUUUGGUCUACAAGCUCAUUGAAACAAGCCCGAGAACCAUUGGUUCAACUCUUGGAUAAUGGUAACUUUGUUCUGAAAGAUGAAAAAAAUGAGAAUACAGAGAACUAUUUGUGGCAAAGCUUUGAUUACCGUGGUGAUACAUUCUUGUCUGGAAUGAAAUUUGGAUGGGACUUGAAGAGAGGUCUUACUAGGCGGUUGUCAUCAUGGAAAAGUUUGCAUGAUCCUUGUUAUGGAGAUUUUAUUUAUGGGAUUGAAUACGAUGCACAACACCGUACGUACCCUGAACCAAUACUUUGGAAAGGAUCUGCAAAAUUUUAUCGAACUGGGCCAUGGAAUGGCCUACGUUACAGUGGUUGUCCUGAGUUGAGACCAAACCCUCUUUACGAUUACAAGUUUGUUUACAAUGAUGAUGAAGUUUACUACUCAUACAUCCUCAAGAAUAAGUCUGUGAUCACAAGAAUUUUCAUCAACCGAACGGCAAGUGCUCGUCAAUGUUUGAUAUGGAUUGCAAUUGAGAAAAUUUGGAAGCCUUACUUUUCAGGCCCUAGAGACCAGUGUGACAACUAUGGCCAAUGUGGGGCAAAUGCAUAGUGUAUAAUGAAAGAGAAUCCAAUAUGUCGAUAUUUAAAAGGUUAUAAGCCUACGUCCCUACAGGAUUGGAAUUCAAUGGACUGGUCUGAAGGGUGUGUAAGAAGUAGUCCGCUGAGCUGCCAUGAUCAAGGGAAAGAUGGCUUUUUGAAAUUUUCUGGUUGGAAAUUGCUGGAUGCUCAACAUACAUGGGUGAACAAGAGUAUGAAUCUACGGGAAUGUAGGGCUAAAUGUCUGAGCAAUUGUUCCUCUACGGCUUAUACAAACUCAGAUUUCAGAGGUGAAGGCAGUGGCUGCAUCGUCUGGUUUGGAGAUCUUUAUGAUAUUCGACAAUUUCCUUCCAGCAGACAAGAUCUAUUUGUUCGACUGUCAGCUUCAGAAAUAGGAAAAGCAAGAGCUGAUCUUAAGGUGAAGAGAGCAGUGAUAGUUAUAGCUAUUCUGAUUGGAUUAACUUGUGGGGUGAUUUUAAUUGGCUUUUACAUUUUCAAGUGGAGAGCAUUUUAUGGCCCUGGAUACACUUGGAAAUACCAAAUGGAGGAUGAACAAAAGGGUGCUUAGUGUGAUAGAUAGAAUUUGGUCUAGUGGAGAUUCUCUUGGUGGGUUGGUUAGCCGUGAAGAUGUUCCUUUGCCAGAAGAACCUGACACUGAAGAUGAAUCUGAAAUCCACAAAUGGAAAUGGAAACUUAAAAUAGCUAAAAAGGAGAAUAGUGAGAGGCAUUUGCAGCACUACGGCAUUUAACUUAAACUUGCUAUAAUUUUCUCUCUCCUUUCUUGUAUUUAUAGAACUUAUGUGGUGGAAUUGAAAAGCUCUGCUUGAAUUGAUAUAGUAAUUUUUGUUAUGUGAUCAGGUUGGGCGAAAGAUGAAGGAUGAAGAAGGUUUUUACUAUCCCCACAACCUUGAUUUCCGAGGCCAUGCUUAUCCCAUGCAUCCUUACUUGAACCAUCUACAUUAUGAUGUGUGUCGAGGCAUCUUGGAGUUUGCAGAGGGACGCGCUUUGGGGAAGUCAGGCUUAAUUUGGCAAAUUUAUAUGGUGGUGGUGUGGAAAAAUUAUCUUACGAUGGUCGAGUAGCAUUUACCGAAAACCAUAUUGACAAUGUAUUUGAUUCGGCAGAUAGGCCUUUAGAAGGAAAGUGCUGGUGGCUGGGUGUAGAGGAUCCUUUUCAGUGUUUGGCAACAUGUAUUAGUCUUGCAGAAGCAUUGAGAAGCCCCUCUCCGGAGACUACUCUUUCACAUAUGCCUGUCCACCAGUCUCAUGGUCACUUUUCUUGACCUAGCAUUCAUCUGAGAGGUCUCUAGUUCGAUGCCACACUUCUCUCUUGCAAUCACUCACCACUAAGAUUGAAUCAAAAGAUUUUAUUGAGUUUUUUGUGUCUUCAAAAGCAACUAUAUAUUAGAUACUGCAAGUCCUGUUUUAGUUGUCUUUUCUUCAACUGCUAGUCAGGUAUGCACUUUGGCACUCUUGGUAACAUACCACUUUGUUUUAUUUAUUAUUUUACUUGAUUUUAAAAAAAAUUCUUCUAUUAUUUCAUUUAGUUACUUAUUAGUUUUACCCAAAAAAAUUGUUUGCUUUAAAAUGAUACUGCUAGUAUUGAUAUAUUAUUUUGAUUGCUAGUUGUUGGAAGAAUGACUUUAGAUACUACUUUUAAUUGAUUAAAUAUUAUUUAAUGGAUUAAAAUGAUCAAGACAAACUUUAGUUGUUGUAUGUAUGACUUUGGUUAGCAUUUUAAUUGAUUAAAUAUUAUUUGAUUGAUUUUGAUACUUUAGAAAUUGAGUAGUGCUCCUCUAUUAUUAAGAGGAAAAGUGAAUAUAGAAACCUUUUUUUUUGUGGCAUAGGAAACUUGAAAUUUUGAAUCCUCACUUAUUGGGUGCGGCCAUUAAAAAAUAAGAGCAAAUAUAUGUAUGCACUUUACAGAAGUACCUAGAAUAAUUGAUGGAGACUAGUUGUAAUUACAUGUACGUACUUUUUCCACGUUACUUUUGUCGUGUAUAUACAAUAUCUAUAUAUAUACGCUUGGCUGUCUAGAAUACGGUGGAAGAAAUUCUUUUUUGGAAUUUAUGAGUUUUUCUUAUCUGGGUAUUAAUCCAUUGCUUUGAAUGAAAAAAAAUGCCCAAAUUUAAUUUUAGUUUUCUUGUUAUCUGGGUUUUAAGCACAUAAUAGAGGAAAAUCACAUAUAUAUAUAUAUAUAUAUACAUAUAUAUUUAUUAUACGUUGAUAUCUCAUUAUCGUUUUAACUCAAAAGUCAUGAUUGUUGAUAUUUAUUAUACGUUGAUAUACAUAUAUAUUUAUUAUAUGUUGAUAUUUUUGUACACUUAAUACCUUCUUAGUUGUAACAUUAUCUCAAGAUAAAAGCUUGAAGGAAUUAUUGGAUGAAAGAUGUUCACCUUGUAUAGGAACAUCAUAUCCUUAUUUAUAUGGACUCUUCAUGCUUUUUAAAGUUCUUUCUUUCUAUAUAAAUUGGCUGCGUUUUAUUUUCCUGUUACUAGCACAAGCUCUCUGCUUUGUUUGCUUGAUUCUUGAUUACUGGUUUGAGUUUAAAUGGGUAUUUGCUUCAGGUGUGUGAGAAGCUUCUUGGGAGCCAAUGCUUUAAAUGCUUGUGGUGAUUUCAUGAAAUGCAGAGAAUGAAAUUCUUGAAUAUAUUAUAUGGACUACUGAAAAUUUGUUGCUGGUUCACUUCAUCUGUCUCUGUGUUGCCUUCUAGUUUCUUUUAAGGAUCUUGAUAUUAUAUUAUUUUCUUGUAGAACUUAUUUUAAAGCAUACUAGAGCUUUUCUAGUAAACAUAUUAAUGGUGUCAUAUGUGUACUUACUAUACAUAAUGACUACUGUAAUGCAUGUUGGUGAAUUGGAUUGCUUACUUAUUUAUAAUGAUUAUAUUUGAUAAUGGUUGGCAGUGGAAUUUUCUCUUCGUUCAUCUCUUAGCUUAUUGUUUCUCUUUUGUGUUUUUUUAUGGUUUAACACAAUGCUAUCUUUUGGGCUAUUAGCUUUCUGAUCUGAACAGCACAAAAGAAAAUUUUCUAUCAAAUAUUACUUGAUGUAAAUUCUAUGCUUUAAUUUAUCUUUGACUUCUAUCACUUUGCUUAGUUUAUGAUUGGUCUAUUUUUCAAAAUAAAAUAAUUUACCAAGUAAACAAUAGACUUUAUAGCAUGUAAUUCUUUUGUUCUGAAUUUUGAGUUUCAAACAAUUCAAUUCGAUUAAAAAACAUUGGAAAGCUAGAUGAUAAAAGCAUUUGUUUGCUUCGAUUUAUUGGCUUAAUUGCUUUAUCAUUGGAAAGCUAGAUGAUAAAAGCAUUUGUUUGAUAAAAGCUAGAUUAUUCACUUUCUGACUUGGAACUGAUUCUUUCCGUUUUCAGCUCAAUCCAAGUCUUUAUGACAGUCAUCAAAUAUAUUCCUCACGUUAGAAAGGCCUCAUUUCUUUUUUCCCCAUUAGAAAAAAUAUCAAUUGUUUUAAAUAUAAUCUUAUGUAACAUCAGUGAUGAAAUAAUUUAGCUAUCCAAAAGGUUUUCUUUUUCCUUUCUUAUUACUGUAUGGGUAAAGAAUUAGAGACAGUAAUACUAUUAAUAGACCCACUCAAAUAUUGUCUUUCCUUUGCAUUUUCAUUCUCUAUCAUAUCAGUGCUUUCUGGUGUGUUUUCUUUCUCCAUGUUGGUUGCUUUGUCCAUGGCUAAGAUUUGUUCUUCUUACCUUACUUUUGGGGGUCUCUACUAUUGGAGUACCAAGCUUGCUGGCCCAAAAUGGUCACCAUUUGCUUCAUGGAUAACUAGCUGGAGAAAAAUGUCUCUUUCUCCAUCAAUUGGAGGAGAAAAGGAUACUUAAUUUUGAAGGUUUUGUGUUGGGCAGCUGUAGAAUAUUUUGUGCUGAAAGUAGUAACUUUUCAAUAUGUUGAAUAUUUAACACUACAAGAAAAAACAGUAUUCAUAACACUUAAAAACUGCUAACCGGGAGUAUUGAUAACGCUUCUGAAAACGCUAACAUAGCCCAUGUUAUUAAAAGUCCUGUCUUUUCUAUAACAGUA